AUGAAGAUCAUUACUUUUGCAGUUCCCUUGUCCUCAUUUGUAGCUGCAGCCGGCUUUCUGUCAUCAGGUAUGACAGCUCAGACCAGCUUCAGAGUCCAGAAGCAUAGGAGAUUUGCCUCGCCGAAUUUGCUUGUGCUCAAGGAAAAGAUUUCAAAGAAGCGCCGAGAUCAGCUAGGAAUCGGCGAAGGAGAAGACGAAUACGAUCUGGAUGUAGCACUGACCAUUAACACAGAUCCGUUAAUUUCCAAAAUCAUCGCGGGAUCCUUUAUCCUCGUCAUGGUGUCCCUCUUACUAGUUGGAGUUGUCCUUCCUUCUCUAACUGACUACGGCGAAGGAGUUUGUAAUCCUAUUCUGUCCGCUGGUAGAUGUUAAUCUGAUAAUACCGAUAUCUAUCUAAAGGCAAGGCAAAUAAGUGAAAAGUUAAUUUAGGCCGCACACGCUAAGAUUCG